AUGUUAAAUUUAUAAACUGUUUUGCGAGCAUUCGAGGAAAAUGGAUUGAAACAGGAUAAAUAAUUCAAUCAGGAGGAAAUUCUUUAUAAAUUGGAUAUUAUGGGAAAAAGAGAGUUCGAUCAAGACAUCGCUCAACAAAUAUUCGAAUAAUGUCAUCCAAUACAAGAAAAUUUGAAAUUCUUAUACAGACUAGCAGAUGUUAGUCAAACUUUGGUAGAUGCAAGUCUAAUACUGUAUGAAAAGAUUAAGAAGGCAGAACUAUAGUUAAAACAAAUUUCUUAAAAUAAGGCAGUUUGUGAGAAAUAAUUAGCAGAAACAUCUGUUUAUUCUGAUACUAGAUUCUUAUUUUUGACAUUAAUGUCUGCAAAAAAUAUACCUUUAAAGCUAAAAUACACAAAUUGUCAGAUAUAGUUAAUUUUGGGUGUCACAAAUAAAAUAGCUAAACCAGAAUAAUAGUAUGAUAGAGUAAAUCCACAAUUUAAUUAGGAUUUUGAAUUGUAAUCAAAUACUUCUUAACCUUAAAUUUAAGCUAAAUUCCUCCAAUGA